UGCCCCCAUAGACCCCACACGCCGCUCGCUCCCCACACGGCCACACCCUACUCCCUGCUCCACCCCGCCGCCCUUGCGCCGCCAUGGGGUACGCGCAGCUCGUCAUCGGCCCCGCCGGGAGCGGCAAGUCAACUUACUGCUCCAGUUUGUACGACCAUUGCCAGACCGUGGGCAGGACAAUUCAUAUAGUCAAUCUCGAUCCAGCUGCAGAGCAUUUCAACUAUCCUGUAGAUAUGGAUAUUAGAGAGCUCAUAUCAUUGGAUGAUGUUAUGGAGGAGCUUGGGUUGGGACCAAAUGGUGGCCUUAUCUAUUGCAUGGAGCACUUUGAAGACAGUAUGGAUGAUUGGUUGGAUGAACAGCUAGAGAACUAUUUGGAUGAUGACUAUCUUGUGUUUGAUUGCCCUGGCCAGAUUGAACUUUUCACUCAUGUCCCAGUUCUGCGUAACUUUAUCGAACAUCUGAAACGGAAAAAUUUCAAUGUUUGCGCUGUAUACCUUCUUGAUUCGCAGUUUGUCAGUGAUGUAACAAAAUACAUCAGUGGUUGCAUGGCUUCUCUUUCUGCCAUGAUUCAGCUUGAACUUCCUCACAUCAACAUCCUUUCAAAGAUGGAUCUGGUCUCCAACAAAAAAGCUGUAGAAGAGUAUCUGGACCCAAACGCACAGGUUCUUCUGUCACAGCUGAAUCGACAUAUGGCACCUCGGUUUGGCAAGUUGAACAAGUGUUUAGCUGAACUGGUUGAUGAUUACAGCAUGGUGAAUUUCAUACCACUUGACUUGAGAAAGGAGAGCAGCAUACAAUAUGUGCUAUCGUCCAUCGACAACUGCAUCCAGUAUGGGGAAGACGCUGAUGUGAAAGUUAGGGACUUCGAUCCUGAGGACGACGACUAGUUAUUUGAUCCUGUAGGAACUGCAAACUAGUUGGUAUCUAGUAGUGAACCAAGAGACAGACCCGGACAACGAAGAAAUAGUUCGUGUAGGUAAUGAAUCAGUGCUUCAAACUGUAAUGCAUGGGCGCUUGGACAAACGGUGAUCCUUCGUUGCUAUUCCGGAACGUGCUUAAUUGUAAUCGCAAAUCUUAUAUACAGUAAUCGGCUAUAUUGUUGGAGA